UAUUGUGUUCUAUGUUUUGUCUCUGAACUGUGAAUUCUGAGGCCGGCCGGCCACCUCAGUAGGAGUGUUGAAGGAGGACAGACGUGUCCUGAACCUUCACACCCCGGCCCCGAGGGACGCCUCGGUGGUGCUUGUAGAGGAGAACUGACAAGUUCGUCAGACUCCCCAAAUCCGAAGGCAGGCCUCCCCUGCCAUCUGAAUCUGAAUACCUGGCCGCGGCUCCUUGGUUGUUGUCUAGUCUGUGUUGUCUGGUCUGUAUCGACAUUGUAGUCAUAUUCGUGUGUGUGUGUGUAAGUGUGCGUGUGUGGACGCGUGGACAGGACGACACAGCCAUGGGACAGACACUGACUACUCCUCUAUCUUUGACUCUGACUCAUUUCUCGGACGUCCAGGCAAGAGCUCGCAAUCUAUCCGUUGAGGUUCGAAAAGGUCGAUGGCGAACUUUUUGUUCAUCGGAGUGGCCCACCCUAUCUGUAGGGUGGCCCCGGGACGGGACUUUUGACCUCUUUGUUAUAUUACAGGUUAAGACGAAGGUAAUGGAUCCUGGACCACAAGGUCAUCCAGAUCAAGUGGCCUAUAUCCUCACCUGGGAGGAUCUCAUCCGGAAUCCUCCGGCAUGGGUGAAACCCUUCCUUCCUUCCUGCCCCACUUCUCAGUCUACCCUCCUUCCCCUGAAAACCUCCAAAAACCGAGCCUCAACCCAAACUCCAGAUCCGCCCAAACCGGUUCUUCCCGAUGAGUCCCAAAGGGACCCCCUCCUCCUAGACGCUUUGUCUUCGCCGCCCCACGCCCCCGAAGAGACUUCACCGCCCCACAACCCCCUCUUACUACCUCCACCCUAUAAUUCACCCCUGGCCCCCGUCUCCGUCCUGUCCCCGGUGCCCCCUACUUCCCCUCCUGCCUCCAGUUCCUCCUCCCCCUCCCCAACUUCUUCCCCCGCCUGUACGUCAGCCCCAUCCUCUACUCCAGCCCCACCCGAUCUAACUCCCCAGACCCCACCUCAGACCCCCCGCCUCCGUCUCCGGCGAUCGGACGACCCGAACGGCCCUCCCACUUGGCAAUCUUCCCUGUUUCCUCUCCGGACAGUCAACCGGACUGUCCAAUAUUGGCCAUUUUCUGCAUCCGAUCUCUAUAAUUGGAAAACUCAUAACCCUUCCUUUUCCCAAGAACCCCAGGCCCUAACCUCACUAAUAGAGUCUAUCCUCCUCACACACCAGCCUACCUGGGACGACUGCCAGCAGCUCUUACAGGUCCUUUUGACUACCGAGGAAAGGCAACGAGUUCUCCUGGAGGCCCGGAAAAAUGUGCCGGGGCCUGGAGGUCUUCCAACUCAGCUUCCCAAUGAAAUAGAUGAAGGGUUUCCCCUCACCCGCCCGGACUGGGACUAUGAAACGGCUCCAGGUAGGGAGAGUCUCCGAAUCUAUCGCCAGGCUCUGUUGGCGGGUCUCAAGGGGGCAGGGAAACGGCCCACCAAUUUGGCCAAGGUAAGGACCAUAAUCCAAGGAAAAGAGGAGAGCCCCGCAGCCUUUAUGGAACGGCUUCUAGAGGGGUUUCGGAUGUAUACUCCAUUUAACCCCGAGGCUCCAGAACAUAAGGCUACCGUGGCCAUGUCAUUCAUAGAUCAGGCAGCGUCUGAUAUAAAAGGAAAGCUCCAACGGCUAGAUGGGAUUCAAACCUAUGGGUUGCAGGAACUAGUUAGGGAGGCAGAAAAGGUAUAUAACAAAAGGGAGACCCCAGAGGAAAAGGAGGCUAGGCUAGCAAAAGAGCAGGAAGCACGGGAGGAACGAAGAGAUCGAAAGAGAGAUAAACAUUUAACCAAAAUCCUGGCAGCUGUAGUGACAGAAAACGGAACAGGAAAGUCAGGGGAAACGAAGAGGCGGCCCAAAGUAGGAAAAGACCAGUGCGCCUAUUGCAAAGAACGCGGGCACUGGAUCAAAGACUGCCCUAAGCGCCCCGGGAACUCAAAGAAACCUGCCUCUGUGCUCGCCUUAGGCGAAGAGAGCGAAUAGGGAUGUCAGGGCUCCGAGCCCCCCCCCGAGCCCCGGCUAACCCUAUCUGUAGGGGGGCAUCCCACCACCUUCCUGGUGGACACGGGAGCUCAACACUCGGUCUUAACCAAGGCAAAUGGGCCUCUGUCCUCGCGUACCUCCUGGGUCCAAGGAGCGACAGGAAGAAAAAUUCACAAAUGGACUAACCGCCGCACGGUUGACUUAGGGCAAGGGACGGUGACACACUCCUUUCUGGUGGUACCCGAAUGCCCGUACCCCCUUCUGGGACGAGACCUCCUAACCAAGCUUGGAGCCCAGAUACACUUCUCCGAAACGGGGGCCCAAGUGCUAAACCGGGAUGGCCAGCCUAUCCAAGUCUUAACUGUGUCCUUACAAGACGAACACAGACUUUUUGAAACCCCGGUCACCACUAACCUCCUCGAAGCCUGGCUGCAGGACUUUCCCCAAGCCUGGGCAGAAACGGGAGGGCUCGGUCGAGCCAAAUGCCAAGUCCCAAUCAUAAUUGACCUAAAGCCCACGGCAAUGCCUGUGUCUAUCAGGCAGUAUCCCAUGAGCAAGGAGGCUCAUAUGGGCAUUCAGCCACACAUUACUAGAUUUCUAGAGCUUGGGGUCCUGCGACCUUGCCGCUCACCUUGGAAUACCCCUCUUUUACCAGUAAAAAAACCUGGCACCCGGGACUACAGGCCCGUCCAAGACUUAAGAGAAGUCAACAAAAGGACUAUGGAUAUCCACCCUACGGUCCCCAAUCCCUAUAACUUGCUCAGCACCCUGAGCCCAGACCACACCUGGUACACAGUACUGGACCUAAAAGAUGCGUUCUUUUGCUUACCCUUGGCCCCCCAGAGCCAGGAACUGUUUGCUUUUGAAUGGAGGGACCCUGAAAGAGGAAUUUCAGGCCAAUUAACCUGGACCCGCUUACCCCAAGGGUUCAAAAACUCCCCCACUCUCUUUGAUGAGGCUCUUCACAGGGACCUAACUGACUUCCGGACUCAACAUCCAGAAGUAACUCUACUCCAAUAUGUGGAUGACCUUCUUCUGGCCGCCCCCACAAAAGAAGCCUGCAUACUAGGUACCAGACAUCUGCUCCGGGAAUUAGGAGAAAAAGGAUACCGGGCAUCCGCCAAGAAGGCCCAGAUUUGCCAAACCAAGGUAACCUACCUGGGGUACAUACUGAGUGAGGGGAAAAGAUGGCUCACCCCUGGGCGAAUAGAAACUGUGGCUCGCAUUCUGCCGCCCCAGAACCCCAGAGAGGUACGUGAAUUCCUGGGAACUGCUGGGUUCUGUCGCUUAUGGAUACCUGGGUUCGCUGAGCUAGCCGCCCCCCUCUAUGCCCUCACGAAAGAGAGUGCACCCUUCACCUGGCAGGAAAAAUAUCAGUCAGCCUUUGAGGCCCUAAAAGAGGCCCUCCUCUCCGCCCCGGCUCUCGGGUUGCCAGACACCUCCAAGCCCUUUACCCUUUUCAUAGACGAGAAACAAGGAAUUGCCAAAGGAGUUCUAACCCAAAAAUUAGGGCCCUGGAAGAGGCCAGUAGCAUACCUGUCCAAAAAGUUGGACCCUGUGGCAGCGGGGUGGCCCCCAUGUCUUCGUAUCAUGGCAGCCACUGCUAUGCUGGUCAAGGACUCUGCCAAAUUAACCCUUGGACAGCCACUAACUGUUAUCACCCCGCAUGCUUUAGAGGCCAUAGUGCGGCAGCCACCGGACCGAUGGAUAACCAACGCACGCCUAACCCACUACCAGGCCCUCCUACUGGACACAGACCGCGUCCAAUUUGGACCUCCGGUUACCUUGAACCCUGCCACGUUGCUACCGGCACCGGAAGACCAACAGAGCGCACACGAUUGCCGGCAAGUACUGGCUGAGACCCAUGGGACACGGGAAGACCUUAAAGAUCAAGAGCUCCCAGAUGCGGAUCACUCUUGGUAUACGGACGGGAGCAGUUACAUCGACUCAGGUACCCGGAGGGCGGGAGCGGCGGUAGUAGAUGGCCACCACAUCAUAUGGGCACAAUCACUACCUCCUGGCACGUCUGUACAAAAGGCCGAGCUGAUAGCGCUCACCAAGGCCCUAGAACUAUCCGAAGGGAAAAAGGCUAACAUAUACACAGAUAGCCGAUAUGCCUUUGCAACGGCUCAUACACAUGGGAGUAUUUAUGAAAGAAGGGGCCUACUAACCUCAGAAGGAAAAGAAAUUAAAAACAAAGCUGAAAUCAUUGCAUUAUUAAAGGCCCUUUUUCUUCCCCGAAAAGUAGCCAUAAUUCAUUGCCCCGGGCAUCAGAAAGGACAAGACCCAAUUGCAACAGGAAAUAGACAGGCAGACCAAGUAGCCAGGCAAGUCGCUGUGGCAGAAACGUUGACUUUGACCACAAAACUUGAAGAAACCAAUCUUACGACCAACAAAUAUGCUUACACCCCAGAAGACCAGGAAGAGGCAAAGGCCAUAGGGGCUAUACUGAAUCAGGACACUAAAGACUGGGAAAAAGAAGGAAAGAUAGUCCUUCCCCGAAAGGAAGCCCUGGCAAUGAUCCAACAAAUGCACGCCUGGACACAUUUAAGUAAUCAGAAGCUGAAGUUACUGAUUAAAAAAACUGACUUCUUAAUCCCUAAGGCAGGCACCCUCAUAGAACAGGUAACCUCCGCCUGUAAGGUCUGUCAACAGGUAAACGCUGGGGCUACCCGAGUGCCGGAAGGAAAACGGACUCGUGGUAACCGCCCAGGAGUCUAUUGGGAAAUAGACUUUACUGAAGUAAAGCCUCACCAUGCGGGGUAUAAGUACCUAUUAGUGUUUGUAGACACCUUUUCAGGAUGGGUAGAAGCCUACCCCACCCGACAGGAAACGGCACACGUGGUAGCCAAGAAGAUUUUAGAAGAAAUCUUCCCCAGAUUUGGACUUCCCAAGGUAAUCGGGUCAGAUAACGGGCCGGCCUUCGUUUCCCAGGUAAGUCAGGGGCUCGCCAGGACACUGGGGAUUAAUUGGAAAUUACACUGUGCAUAUAGGCCCCAGAGCUCAGGACAGGUAGAAAGAAUGAAUAGAACAAUAAAAGAGACCCUUACUAAAUUGACCUUAGAGACUGGCUUAAAAGAUUGGAGACGCCUCCUAUCUCUGGCUUUGUUAAGAGCCAGAAAUACGCCCAACCGUUUCGGGCUCACCCCGUAUGAAAUCCUUUAUGGGGGACCCCCCCCUUUGUCAACCUUGCUCAAUUCCUUCUCCCCCUCCGAUCCUAAGACUGAUUUACAAGCCCGACUAAAAGGGCUGCAAGCGGUGCAGGCCCAAAUCUGGACACCCCUGGCCGAACUGUACCGGCCAGGACAUCCACAAACUAGCCACCCAUUUCAGGUAGGAGACUCCGUGUACGUCCGGCGGCACCGCUCUCAAGGAUUGGAGCCUCGUUGGAAGGGACCUUACAUCGUCCUGCUGACCACGCCCACCGCCAUAAAGGUUGACGGGAUCGCCGCCUGGAUUCACGCAUCGCACGCCAAGGCAGCCCCAAGAACCCCUGGACCGAAAGCUCCCAAAACCUGGAAGCUCCACCGUUCGGAGAACCCUCUUAAGAUAAGACUCUCCCGUGUCUGA